GUAGCUGACCAGGCCUUCGUCACGCUGGCCACCAAUGAUGUGUACUGCCAGGGGGCGCUGGUCCUCGGACAGUCACUGCGGAACCACAGGGCCACCAGGAGGCUGGUGGUGCUGAUCACACCCCAGGUGUCCCACCCGCUCAGGAACGUCCUCUCGAGAGUCUUUGACGAGGUCAUCCAGGUGCACCCCAUAGACAGCGCGGACUACACACACCUGGCUUUGCUCAAGAGACCAGACCUGGGCGUCAGCCUGACCAAGCUGCACGGCUGGAUGCUUACUCAGUACAGCAAGUGUGUCUUCCUGGAUGCGGACACGCUGGUGCUGUCGAACAUCGACGAGCUGUUUGACAGGAGGGAGCUGUCGGCGGCCCCCGAUCCCGGCUGGCCGGAUUGCUUCAACAGUGGGGUCUUCGUCUUCCAGCCGUCCCUGGGCACCUACGGCCGCCUGCUUCAGCACGCCGCUGACCACGGAAGCUUUGACGGAGCUGAUCAAGGUCUCCUAAACAGCUUCUUCAGUGACUGGUCCACAGCGGAUAUCCACAAGCACCUGCCCUUUAUCUAUAACCUGGGCAGCAGCCUGGCGUACACGUAUAGCCCGGCUUUCAGACGCUUUGGUGCUGGGGCAAAGGUGGUGCACUUCCUGGGACCCACGAAGCCGUGGAGUUACGGGUACAACCCGCAGACGGGCUGCGUCGUGGGAGACGGUGUGGACGCCGGGGACCCCCACCAGCAGGCGUUUCUCAAUCUCUGGUGGAACAUCUACCACGCCAGCGUCCUGCCUCUUUUGGAGAGACAUCGAGAUGGGAACGUGCAAGAGGCCCCUGGACACGCGGUGCACCCAGGUGUUGACAGUGAUCAAGGUGCUGGUUCCGUGAGGGUCCCACCUCCUGAGGGACCCCCCGAGGACACCACGGUGGUGGAGGAGACCUCACCCUUCCCCAAGGAACGACAUGCAAAAGUGACGGAGGGGCGAGCUGGUGGCGACGUGCCUGUGGACACCUGGGAACACAGGGAGGAGUCCCCUUUGGAUGACAGGAGAGACAGGAGGGACCGGGCUCUGCAGGACGAGAUGGAGGUGACCCUGGCCGUGUCCAUGUCGGAGAUGCACAUCGAAGAGAAAAGGAGGGAGCCGAACCCCGAGGAGGAACGCAGGAAGUGGGAGGCUGGACAUAUAGACUACCUGGGCAGGGAUGCCUUUGCCCACAUCCAAGAGAAAUUGGACCGCUUUCUCCACUGA